CUGGAGUGUCAACACUGCUCUCUCUCUGACUGAUCAUGGACAGCCACCAGUUCAGCCCAAACAGCACUUUCAGCUAUGGAACAAACAUUACAAACAACAAUGAGUUGAGAAUCGUGAUGGUGGGGAAGACUGGGAUUGGGAAGAGCGCUUCUGGAAACACCAUUCUGGGUCGACCGUGCUUUCAGUCCAAAUGCAGCCCCAAAUCCAUGACUGUAAACUGCUCCAAAGUCUCCAGUGAUGUGGGUGGACAGCAGGUUGUUGUCAUUGAUACUCCAGGUCUGUUUGACACCAGAUUUGAGGGACAUAAAACAAUCAAAGAUCUGAGUCAGUGCGUCUGUUACGCUUCUCCUGGACCCCACAUCUUCCUGGUGGUCGUACCAAUCGGCAGAUUCACAGCAGAAGAAUUACAAUCAGUGCAAAUGAUUCAAAAAAUCUUUGGAGAGGCAGCAGACAGAUACAGCAUGGUUCUGUUUUCCCGUGGAGACGACCUUGAAGGCACCAUUGAAGAUUAUUUGUCUGAAAGCCCAGAGCUGCAGGAUCUGGUGUCCAGAUGUAAUAACCAGUAUCAUGUCUUCAACAACAAGCUGAAAGAUAAGAAACCUCAGGUCACUGAGCUGCUGAAGAAGAUCAGAAUCAUUGUUGACAGGAAUGGAGGAAGUCACUACACCAAUGAGAUGUUCCAAGAGGCUGAGAGGAAAAUCGAAGAGGAGAAACAACGAAUCCUGAAGGAGAAAGAAGAGAAAAUACGUAAAGAGAAAGAAGAAGUGGAGAGAAAGAUAAAAGAAAAGUAUGAGAAAGAGAUGGAGGGAAUGUAUAAGCAAAUCCAGGCUGAGAGAGAGAGAGAGAGAAAGGAGAGAGAGGAGGAGAAGAAGAGGGAGAGAGAAGAAAUGAAUGAAGAGAGGAGGAGGGAGAUGGAGGAAAUGAAGGAGGAGAAGAGGAGGGACAGAGAGGAGAUGAAUGAGGAGAGGAGGAGGGAGAUGGAAAGAAUAGAUGAGGAGAGGAGAAGGGAAACUGAGAGGAUGCAUGAGGAAAGACGGAGGGAGAAAGAGGAGAUGUAUGAGCAGAGAAGAAGGGAAAUGGAAAAGAAUGAGGCAGAGAGAAAGGAGAGAGAGAAGCAGUUUGAAGCUCUGAAGGAAAAGCAGGAGAGAGAAAUUCAAGAAGCAAAAUCCAGGCUGCAGUCCCAGCAUGAAUCUAAGGCCAGAGAAGAAGCUGAGGAAAAUAAUCCUCUCUAUUAUUUGGCUAAAGCUGGAGAACACGUGGCUAACGCUGGAAAACAAGUUAUUAAGAUCGGAAAAGAAGUUUUUAACGCUGGAUGUAGCAUUGUUAAAGCUUUUACCAAAUUGUUUGGUAAUAACUCUGCGGGGUUUUGGUCGGGUCCUGGAACUGGAACAAACUUUACAAACAACGAUGAGCUGAGGAUUGUGAUGGUGGGGAAGACUGGGACUGGGAAGAGUGCUACUGGAAACACCAUUCUGGGUCGACGGUGCUUUGAGUCCAAAUGCAGCUCGAAAUCCAUGACUGUUGACUGCUCCAAAUGCUCCAGUAAUAUUGAUGGACAGCAGGUUGCUGUCAUUGAUACUCCAGGUUUGUUCAACACCAGGUUUGGAGAAGAUAAAACAACCAAAGAUCUUGGUCAGUGCAUCUGUUACGCUUCUCCUGGACCCCACAUCUUCCUGGUGGUUGUUGCAAUCAGCAGAUUCACAGAAGAAGAAAAACAAUCAGUGCAAAAGAUUCAAGAAAUCUUUGGAGAGGCAGCAGACAGAUACAGCAUGGUUCUGUUUACCCGUGGAGACGACCUUGAUGAUUCCACCAUUGAGGAUUAUUUGUCUGAAAGCCCAGAUCUGCAGGAUCUGGUGUCCAGAUGUAACAGCCAGUAUCAUGUCUUCAACAACAAGCUGGAAGUUAAGAAACCUCAGGUCACUGAGCUGCUGAAGAAGAUCAGAACCAUUGUUGACAGGAAUGGAGGAAGUCACUACACCAAUGAGAUGUUCCAAGAGGCUGAGAGGGAAAUCGAAGAGGAGAAACAACGAAUCCUGAAGGAGAAAGAAGAGGAAAUACGUAAAGGGAAAGAAGAACUUCAGAGAAAAAUAAAAGAAAAGUAUGAUGAAGAGAUUGAGAGAAUAUUUGAACAAAUUCAGGCUGAGAGAAAGAGGGAGAAGAGGGAGAGAAAAAGGGAGAUGCAAAGGAGAGAGGCGGAGAGGGAGAGAGAGUUUUUAGCCAUGAAGGAAAAGAAGGAGAGAGAAAUUCAAGAAGCAAAAUCCAGGCUGCAGCUCCAGAAUGAAUCUAAGGCCAGAGAAGAAGCUGAGCAAAAUAAUCCUCUCUAUUAUUUGGCUAAAACUGGAGAAUUCAUGGAACUUUUGUUCAUAUUUAUUCCCACCAACUUCUGGGACCCCCAGCCUUAUAAGUCGUAA